AUGAAUUUUGACGGAAACAGCAGUACCCAUGGCGCCAAUCCAGAUGCACAUGGUGCGAAUGGCACGAUCCCUUGGCAUGAGGUUUUCUCUCGCCAUGAAGCUGCCCUUUCCUCCCACCUCGAGAUGUUGACGCAGGUGAAAGCGCAUACCGCAACAGAGGGCGAGGCAUUCCAAGCAGUGACGUCGAUGGUGAACAAGACCAUCCAGGCGAUGAACCAGCUGAAGCUGACCAGAAAGAACAUGAUGAACAAAAACACCUCCUCUAGCUCCUCCUCAAGAUCCACCCCCCAAAGACCACCAACAGACACAGAAGCAAACACGCGCAAGAAAAGACGUCGAAGCUCCCGAGACAAAGACACAACACACCCAGAACCCGAAAUAACACCCCACGACCCAUCCAUAGACGAAUCACGCGCCUCGAAACGACACUGCGAUGUCUCACAGCCAUCCGAGCAAGACGAGGGAGACAUCACGUCGACAUCACUCGGGACGGAGGAUAUCUCGGCUGAAGUCCAGCGCAGACUGAAGAUCAAGGAGGAACAACGACGAAAGAAGGAUAACCCCAAGCCUGAUAAGCGAAAGAGAGAGAGUCUUGCAUCGAACGAGGCGACGUCGCCUAGUGUGCCACGGCCGAAGAAGAAGCGCGUUCGGAUGGGAAAUGAGAGGAAAAGGGCUGGUGAUUUGGCGGAGGAUGAGGCUGAUUCGAAGAAGAGGAGACGGUAG